AUGGAGUUGCCGGAGUGCCCGGUGUGCCUGCAGUCCUACGAGGCCGUUUCCACCAUCCCUCGUGUACUCGCCUGUGGCCACUCGGCCUGCGAGACCUGUCUCACGCAGCUCCCGAAGGCCUCCCCUCACACCAUUCGCUGCCCAGCAUGUACCCAACUCGUCAAGUACCCACACCCACAAGGGCCAUCAGCUCUGCCGAAGAACAUCGACCUUCUUCGCCUCUCCUCUCUCCUCCAAAACUCAAAUUCUAGCAAUCCCCGAAAAUCAACCCACAAAGAAUUGGCUCAAAAAGUUGAAGAAUUUAUGCCCAAUCUGUGGUCUUAUGAGUUCUAUUUGAAUUGGAAGGAGUGGAUUGUUCCAAGAGACGCGGUUUUGGUUGAAUCGAAUGUUGAAAACAAUGGGUUUUUUUCUGUUUUGUCUGGAAGGAUUGUGCAGUGUGAUGGUUUAAUAGGAUGUUCGAUGAGUUGCUUGUUGAAAGAGAAUCAACUGGUGAGCCUGGUUAGAGUUGGUUCGUACUUGGGUGGAAAUGAAUCAAAGUUCCGUUAUAGUUAUGUUGCAAAAAUUAUGAGUGUUUUAUAUGGAAUGAGGGAUGGCGAAAGAAGUGAAUUGGGUUUGCUUAUGGGUUCCAGUUUGAAGCAGUGUCGAAUGUGUAGGGUUUUUGGGUUGUGGUAUAAUACGGAGGAUUGGUCUUUAUAUGUAGUGUCUGAGAGGUAUGGUGGCAAGCAUUUGAAUGAUUUGGAAAAUGGCUCGCUUGGUAGAGAUGAGGAGAAAAUGAAUUUGGCUGUCAAAGAUGACAUGCCUACCUUUGCAAUUAUCGGUAUGGAGCUAUGUGAGGCAGCUAGUGAUUUGCAUUCACAAGGAUUAAUUUUGGGUAGUUUAUCUCUCCCCUGUUUCAAUGUUGAUCAUUUUGGUCGUCUUUAUAUGGAUUUGAAUGAAGUCAUGGUAUUGGGUAGGAGAGUUAGUAAAAUGAUUGCGGAGGUGGUUCGUAUGAAAUUAAAAUCUGAUGACAAAGAAUUAGAUGUGUUGCUGAAAAUGGAUGCAUUGAAAAUAGACGCAUUUGUCAGUCCAGAAAUGUUGUUAGAGUUCUUACAGAAAGAGAGUGUUGAACUGGCUUCUGGUUGCUUGAGAUAUGCAGUCGGGUAUGGUUCAGAUGUUUGGUCAUUAGCUUGUUUACUCAUUUGCCUUCUUAUCAGAAGGCCGUUUACUGAAGAGAUGCAGCAUUAUUAUGGUCUUUUCCCUUCACUGAUUGAGGAAGAGGGUUCUGAUUAUAUGGGUUUGUACACAGGUUGGAUGGAAAAAGUUAUUGGUUUGUUGGAACAUAGAUUGGGUUCGGAGUUUCUGUCAUUAAAAGAUAUUCUAUGCAAGUGUUUGAGUUAUGACCCAGGAAGUAGACCAGUUGCAACUGAGCUAUGGAAAUGCAUUAGACAGUUAGUUAUUAAACCCGAGUGUGACAUGAUGGUUGGUUUGGAGCACAAGGUGAAUGAGGAGAACUCAAGUCAUUGCUUGGUUCUUGGGGAACUCUAUGUGGAUCAAGUUGCAGAAGGGAGGGUUGACAAAGAUGUUGUUGAGGGCUUAUCUGGGAGUCAUGUAAAAAGUAUUGAUCUGAAGGGUCAUAUUGAUUGUAUCACCGGAUUAGCUGUUGGAGGGGAUUUUUUGUUCAGCUCCUCGUUUGAUAAAACAAUCUGUGUAUGGUCUCUGCAGGAUUUUACUCCUGUGCAUUCAUUUAAGGGUCACGAGCAUAGAGUCAUGGCUGUGGUUUUUGUGGAUGAAGAACAAUCGUUGUGUAUAAGCGGUGAUAAUGGAGGUGGCAUUUGCAUCUGGGGCGCUAGCAUUCCAUUUGUUCAAGAACCAAUGAAAACAUUGUACGAGCAAAAGGAUUGGCGCUAUAGUGGUAUUCAUGCCCUUGCCGCUUCUGGAGCUGGGUAUUUCUAUUCUGGAAGUGGAGAUAAGACAAUAAAGGCAUGGUCAUUGCAGGAUUACACUCUGUCAUGUACUAUGAGUGGUCAUAAAUCAGUUGUGUCUGCACUGACAGUUUGUAACGGGGUUCUUUAUAGCGGAAGUUGGGAUGGAACUAUCAGACUAUGGUGUCUUAGUGAUCAUAGUCCUUUGACAGUAUUUGGGGAAGACACGCCUGGAAAUGUGACCUCUGUUCUAUCUCUUGCUGCUGACCAGCGUUUCCUUAUUGUGACUCAUGAGAAUGGGUGCAUAAAGAUUUGGAGCAAUGAUGUCUUUCUAAAAUCCACACAAGUUCACAAUGGUGCUAUAUUUACUGUUGGCAUGGAGGGGAAAUGGCUUUUUACAGGGGGUUGGGACAAGAUUGUUAAUGUACAGGAGCUAUCAGGAGACGAGUUUCGAAUGGAUGCCAUACCAAUCGGAUCUAUUGCUUGCGAUUCUGUCAUAACAUCUCUGUUAUACAGGCAAGGAAAGCUUUUUGUUGGACAAGCUGAUCGAAUCAUCAAGGUAUUCUAUUACGGCGUGUGA